CCACAUAUUCCCACCGUUGGCGUGGCAGAAAUCGCGAACCUCCGAUCAAAUCUCAAGCCAAAUCAAUCUUUUCAUAUAAUCCCUAUUCUUCCUCUUCUCUUCUCAACUCGAUUUCCCUAACAUGUGAUCCCUUCAAAGCCAACACAGAAGCUAAGCUAAGCUAAGCAACAAACAAACAUGUCUUCAUGCACCUGUAAAGAGCUAGGGCAUCAAAAUUGGGAGAUGUUAGGGCAUAGAAGCUCAAAAUUCUUCUCUAGGGGUCCGUUUGAUCAUUACCCAUAUGGGUUUCCUCGAAGCUCAGUGAAGAUCCGCUGUGUAUUGGAUCAUAUCAUUCCGAAAUUUGCCGUUUCUUCGUCGUUGAAUUCGGUGUUUAGCUUGGGGAAUGUGAUUGCAGCGGCCGCGGCAGCAGCUACUGGGUCUGGUUCGUCUCAUGCAGCAGUUACUUCGGCGCUGGCUCAUGUUGCUGUCACUGCGGUGGCGAUUGCCUCUGGGGCUUGCCUUUCUACCAAGGUUGACUUCCUGUGGCCAAGAGUAGAGGAACAACCUGAUUCUCUUAUAUUGGAUGGAGUAGAUGUUACUGGGUAUCUGAUCUUUCACGAUGCAAAGGUGCAAAAGGCUAUUGCAUUUGCAAGGAAUGCUCACCAGGGUCAGUUAAGGAAAACAGGAGACCCUUAUUUAAGUCACUGUAUCCAUACUGGAAGAAUCUUAGCAGCUUUGGUUCCAGCAAGUGAAAAACGAGCUAUAGAUACUGUUGUGGCAGGGAUUCUUCACGACGUGAUUGAUGACACACGUGAAACUCUGCACAGUAUAGAAGAGGAAUUUGAUGCUGACGUAGCGAAGUUGGUAGCUGGUGUUUCUAGGCUGAGCUACAUAAAUCAGCUGCUUCGGAGACAUCGGCGAACAAAUUUGAGCCAGGGUACACUUGGUCCUGGUGAGGCAAAUAAUUUACGAGUGAUGCUCUUGGGUAUGGUUGAUGAUCCCCGUGUGGUUCUCAUCAAGCUUGCAGACCGCCUACAUAACAUGAGAACCAUUUAUGCACUUUCAUCACCCAAGGCCCAAGCUGUUGCACAGGAGACAUUAGCUGUGUGGUGCUCACUUGCUUCAAGAUUGGGUGUUUGGGCUUUAAAAGCUGAAUUGGAAGAUCUUUGCUUUGCUGUUCUUCAGCCUCAUACUUUUCAGAGAAUGCGAGCUGAACUUGCUUCUAUGUGGAACCCUAGCGUCAAGGCCAGAAAUCUGAAGAGAAUAUCUCCUAAAUCCAGCUCUCUGGUACCCUUGCAUGAAAAUCAUAUGAUUUCUGACUCUCCUAAAUCAAGGCAAGGAUCUAUGAUGGCAGCUGAUGACGAUUUUGCAACUAUGAAGGAUCUUUUGCAAGCUGUACUGCCAUUUGAUGUUUUGCUGGAUCGAAGAAAGCGCAGUAACUUUCUCCAUAAUUUUAUGAAAUGCUCAGAAGCUGCUAAAGCAAAGCCUAAGGUUGUGAAGGAUGCUGGGAUAGCUUUAGCUUCUUUAGCAGUUUGUGAGGAAGCACUUGAGAAGGAGUUAUUUAUAUCAACUUCUUAUGUUCCAGGGAUGGAAGUAACUAUGUCUAGUCGCCUAAAGAGCCUUUAUAGUAUCUACUGCAAGAUGAAACGUAAAGAUGUUGGCAUCAGGCAAAUUUAUGAUGCACGUGCACUAAGGGUGAUUGUUGGGGAUAAAAAAGGGACGUUACAAGGAGCUGCAGUUGAGGGUUGCUACAGUCUUCUUAACAUUAUACACAGGCUUUGGACCCCAAUUGAUGGUGAGUUUGAUGACUACAUUGUUAAUCCCAAAGACAGUGGAUAUCAGUCUCUCCAUACGGCAGUGCAAGGUCCUGACAGUGCACCUUUGGAAGUCCAAAUUAGAACACAGAGGAUGCAUGAGAAUGCAGAAUAUGGACUUGCUGCACACUGGCUUUAUAAAGAAGCUGAAAACAAGGUGCCUUCCUCAAAUUCAUUGCAUGAUCUAAGAAUGAAUGCAUCCUACCAAUCCAAAGGAUUGGAGGAUGAUACCUCCGUUGAAGCUGAUGAAUUUCGGAAGUAUAGUUCCCUAAAGGUGGGACAUCCAGCUCUAAGAGUUGAAGGAAGUCACUUACUUGCAGCUGUUAUUAUUAGAGUAGAUAAAGGUGGAAGAGAGUUACUUGUGGCUGUCAGCUUUGGACUUGCAGCUUCCGAAGCUGUAGCUGAUAGGAAAUAUUCUUUCCAGCUAAAGAGAUGGGAAGCUUAUGCAAGGCUGUUCAAAAAGGUUUCAGAUCAAUGGUGGUGUGAGCCAGGACAUGGAGAUUGGUGCACCUGCCUAGAAAAGUAUACACUUUGUCGAGAUGGUAUGUACCAUAAGCAAGAUCAGUUUCAGCGUCUUCGGCCAACCUUCAUUCAGAUAAUUGAUCUCACACCACAAGAGGAAGCCAUGUACUGGAUGGUUGUGUCUGCUAUUUUUGAGGGUACACAGGUUACUUCUGUUCUAUCCAACACAAGCUACUAUGAAGGGUCAAGCAGCCAGGCUUCUGGUUCCACUCCCAUGGAAGCCAGCAUAAAUAACAAGGUCCGUCUUCUGAGGGAAAUGCUGCAGUGGGAGGAGCACAUGCGAUCUGAAGUGGGUCUUAGAGAUACGACGCAUGUAACAAAACCAGAACAUGGUCCUGAUUCUGUUGUUGGAGAAGUGGUGAUUGUAUGCUGGCCCAAUGGUGAGAUAAUGAGAAUGAGAACUGGUAGCACAGCUGCUGAUGCUGCCAGAAGAAUAGGUUUGGAAGGAAAAUUGGUUCUAGUGAAUGGUCAGCUCACGUUACCGCAUACAGAGCUCAAAGAUGGGGACAUAGUAGAAGUUAGAGUGUAAAUUUUAACAAUUUGUAGACAAAUAGGUGGGGAAAUUCUUAGGGUUGAUGUCUUUGUAUAUGUUGUGGAUGGUGUUUAGCAUUUGGAGUGAUUGGAGCCUUUGGGGAAAAAGUCCUCAGGGUGGGGGCAGCGGAGUCGGGCUUAGCGGCCCAAAAUGACUCCUUGGCUAAUUCACUGUACAGAUUGACUUCACAACAAUAAUGAGAAAGGAAUUGAUUUC